AUGUUUCAUCUCUACUUAAUCCGCUACAAUUGCAGCAAGGUUUUUCUUUCAGACAUUUUCCCAAAAAUACCCUCAAAUAUCCAUCUCAGAUAUCUCUCCAGUAGCAUAAAUCCAAGAACACUUUCAUGGGAAGGAUCUUCCCAUGACAUUCUACUCAAAAACCUUGAAACUUUUGUAAAAAACCAUCAAGUAUAUGAAGCAUGGGAAGCUUACACAGAUUUCAAAAAACUUCACGGUUUACCAGACACCCGUUUACUAACCAAAUUCAUAACCGAAUUAUCCUACUCAUCUGAACCCAAAUGGCUUCAAAGAGCAUGCGAUAUAACCCUUUCUCUCUCCAAAGAAAAGUCAAACUUACUUCACAUUGACCACCUUCACAACCUCUCACUCUCCUUAGCAAGAGCACAAAUGCCAAUUCCUGCAUCCAAGAUUCUCAGAACAAUAAUUGAGAAAAAUAUCAUUCCAUCAAACAACUUAUUAGGGUCAAUCACUCUUCAUAUGGUCAAAAAAGAAAUAGGUACGUAUCUUGCAUCAAAUAUCUUGAUUCAAAUUUGUGACCAUUUUCUUCAUUUGGGUUCUAACAAACCGAUUAAACCCGAUAUUGUAAUUUUCAACAUUGUUCUUGAUGCUUGCUCAAGUUAUAACUUAUCUUUUAAAGCUCACCAAAUCAUAGAGUUAAUGGCUCAAAUGGGAGUAAUAGGUGAUGCGUAUACCAUCAUAAAUAUUUCCCGAAUCCAUGUGAUUAAUGGUCAAAGAGAUGAGUUAAAGAAAUUCAAAGAUUGUGUUGAUGAGGUGGCAGGUUUUUUAGGUCAUCAUUAUUUUCAAUUUUAUGAUAGUCUUAUGAGUUUACAUUUCAAGUUUAAUGACAUUGAUUCGGCUUCUGAACUCAUAUUGGACAUGAUUAGUCGGAAAAAAACUCAUCCCUAUUUAACAGAAAAGAAGCCUUUUGUUAUCCCUAUUGGAUCUCAGAAUCUUAAAAUGGGAUUAAAACUACGGGUUUUACCUCAUUUGGUUGAUGAAAAUCUAAUGAAGCAAGAAAGAAACGAGGGACUUGUUAUGUAUAGAAGCGGAAAGUUUGUUAUUUCCAAUAAUGCCCUUGGAAAGCUCAUUGUAGGAUAUAAGCGACAAGGGCGGGUUAGUGAGUUAUCAGAUCUUUUAUGGCGAAUCCAAAAGGAAAAUGUUUUAUUAAAAAUGAAAGAUUUGAUUUCUAAUGUUGUUGAGGCGUGUAUUCAUGUGGGGUGGCUUGAAACUGCUCAUGACAUUUUAGAUGAUAUUGAACGAAAAGGCAACGUUAUUUGCUCUAAUUCAUAUGCAUUGUUGUUAAAAGCUUAUUGUGAAAGUAACAAGCAUAGGGAAGCCGAAGGACUUUUGAAACAAAUCAAGAAACUCGGUAUAACAGUAUCUGAUAAAAGUACAAGAAGGGUCCCACAGAUAUCUGAGACCUCAUUUAUGGAUUCUCACCUUUUUACUACUAGUAGAAGAUCGGAUUUGGCUAAAUGUAUAGUUCAAGAAAUAAGAGAAGGGGAAAAAGAUUGUUCGAUUUACAAUUUCAACUCCUCAAUUUACUUCUUCACAAAGGCAAAAAUGAUUGAAGAUGCUUUGAAAACAUAUAAAAGUAUGCAAGAAAAGAAAGUGUAUCCUAAUGUGGCAACAUAUAUAUACAUGGUGAUGGGGUAUUCUUCUUUAGAAAUGUAUCGUGAGAUUACUAUUUUAUGGGGCGACAUAAAGAGGAGUUGUGAUGAUGGAAAUGUGACGAUUAAUAGAGAUUUGUAUGAGGUUUUGGUUUUGAAUUUUUUAAAAGGUGGUUAUUUUGAGAGGGUGAUGGAGGUCAUUGGGUGUAUGAAGAAGCAUGGUAUGUAUCUUGAUAAGUGGUUGUAUAGAAGUAAGUUUUUGAAAUUGCAUAAGGGUCUUUAUAGAAGAAUGAAACUAUCGGAUGCUAGAUCUGAGGCUCAAGGAAAAAGGCUUGGACAUGUGAAAGCUUUUAGAAAGUGGGUUGGCAUUGAUUGA